AUGUCUGAACAACCUCCACAGGACCCCGAAGCUACACUUCCAACCCGUUUUGAAGUUGAGCUCGAAUUUGUGCAGUCUCUAGCCAAUAUUCCUUACGUGACAUACCUGCUAUCGCAACAACAACAAAUGUGGAAAGAUCCAAAGUUUAAAAACUACCUGAAAUAUCUAGAGUACUGGGCCCAGCCUCCCUACGUGCAAAACAUCGUCUAUCCAAACUGUCUUCAUGUGUUACGCCUACUAAACGGAUUCAUGGAAACCGCCACGAUCAACGAAGAUGGGUUAUUGGAAGGGCUUGAUGAUCUACCCAAGAUAAUACAACUACAAGGCGCCCAAUUAAUGAAUGAAAUGGUUGAGAGAUGGGCCACGUGA